CUACAGCUGCAGCCACCGUCUGGCACUGACGCCAAGCGGCUCUUCAUCCUCCUUCUCCUCCUCCUCCUCCUCCGGUGCAGACUCUGACUCUUGACCAUAAUCAGGCCCGUCUCUUCGCUCGCGUCGACUUCACGCGUCUAUGUAAUGGACGACUCUGUGCGGAUAUCACCCAGCCUCAACACUACCAAGCGGUCGGGACAUCGAGUUCAGCAUGCCAGUGCGGGUGCUAGUGGUCGACUCCCAACGGACUCUCAGCUCGGGCACCGCGUGCGGAUCCCAACCGACGACCUCGACAGCUCUGAGAAGAUGGCUCCCUACCUGGUCGACUCGCCUACCGCCGACGUCUCGCUGUCUGGACCUGCAAAGCUCUGUCGUGCGUUCUCUGCUGUGCCCCAGGCGGUCGAGUAUCAGUUCUCGAGGCAGCGCCCUCUCGUGAGGCUGGCGACUAUGGUGUACUGCGUUCUGAGCUGUCUGGUGUUCUCUAUGGCCAUGUAUCAACGGUUCUUUGACAAUCAAAACCAUGUCACACUCUAUGCGAGCGAAAUAUCUCAAAACAGGAAUCCUCUGGAAAGUCUGCCUAUCGAGCACGUCCUUUCAAAAGUCACUUCGCUCUACCCUGCGCCGAAGGCAGUUGACCCUUUCGUCCUGAAGGCCGCCGCGAAUCCCGUAGGAAUCACAGCUUGCCUCUGGUCCACAGAUCAAGACGUCCACUCGGUUAUUUCUUGGGCGACACGCUGGACAGGACCUAUAUCCCUGCUAGUGACCACCACAACCGACCCAGCCUCCCCAGAGCACGAAGCCCUCCUCCGCAAACUCGCCACCCUCCAGCACCGCAGCGCGCUCCUCAACACCACCCUCUCCCUGCACCUCGUCCACCUCGCGCCCUCCACCCCGCCCAAUCCCAACGCCUUCCUCAACCUCGCGCGCCUCCUCGCCCAAACCCCGCGCGUCGUCCUCUUCCCCGCCAACCUCACCACCACCCCGCCCAAGCUGCUCUACCCCUCCCUGCUCGCCGCACACCACCCCUCCGUGCCCUCCGCCGCGAUCGUCGACGCGUCCACGCCCGCCGGAACCGCGCGGCGCCGCCCUGUCGUCCUCACCACGCGCGGCCAGACCGGCUUCCCGUUCUCGCCGCUCGCGCCCGUCGUGCUCGCCCGCGACGACCCGCUCUGGUGCACGGAGCGCUUCUUCGCCCCGGGCGAGCGCGCGCCGGACUGGGAGGAGUGUCUCUGGCAGAUCUGGCUCGAGAACUUUGGGGACGUCGAGGUGCGCCAGACGAGGGGAUGGCUGCACGAUGCGUUGCCCGGGACGACGACGUCCGCGGAGUCGCCCUCCAUGGCUAAACUUCGCCGGCGGCUGGUGGCGAAGUUCAGGAGCGAGACAUGCGUGCUCGCUACCAGGCAACUGGCAGCCCUCCGAAGUGCGGAUAGGGCCCUCGAUGCGAAGAAGACUCGCUGGCUCAAACGCGUCUGCCGUGCGUGGACGACCGGACCACAAGCAUGA